AUGGACGUGGACGUAGACGUGGACGUGGACGUGGACGUGGACGUGGACAUGGACGUGGACGUGGACGUGGACGUGGACGUGGACGUGGACGUGGACGUGGACGUGAACGUGGACGUGGACGUGGACGUGGACGUGGACGUGGACAUGGACGUGGACGUGGACGUAGACGUGGACGUGGACGUGGACGUGGACGUGGACGUGGACGUGGACAUGGACGUCGACGUGGACGUCGACGUGAACAUGGACGUGGACAUGGACGUGGACUUGGACGUGGACGUGGACGUGGACGUAGAAAUGGACGUGGACGUGGACGUGGACAUGGACGUGGACGUGGACGUGGACGUAGAAAUGGACGUGGACGUGGACGUGGACGUGGACAUGGACGUGGACAUGGACGUGGACGUGGACGUGGACGUGGACAUGGACGUGGACGUGGACGUAGUUAUGGACGUGGACGUGGACGUGGACGUGGACAUGGACGUGGACAUGGACGUGGACAUGGACGUGGACAUGGACGUGGACAUAGACAUGGAUGUGGACAUGGACGUGGACGUGGACAUGGACGUGGACGUGGACGUAGAAAUGGACGUGGACGUGGACAUGGACGUGGACUUGGACGUGGACGUGGACAUGGACGUGGACAUGAACGUAGAUGUGGACGUGGACGUGGACAUGGACGUGGACGUGGACGUGGACGUGGACAUGGACGUGGACGUGGACAUGGACGUGGACGUAGACGUGGACAUGGACGUGGACAUGGACGUGGACAUGGAUGUGGACGUGGACAUGGACGUGGACGUGGACAUGGACGUGGACGUGGACGUGGACGUGGACGUGGACGUGGACAUGGACGUGGACAUGGACGUGGACUUGGACAUGGACGUGGACUUGGACGUGGACGUGGACGUGGACGUGGACAUGGACGUGGACGUGGACAUGGACGUGGACGUGGACGUGGACGUGGACGUGGACGUAGAAAUGGACGUGGACGUGGACGUGGACAUGGACGUGGACGUAGACGUGGACGUGGACAUGGACGUGGACUUGGACGUGGACGUGGACAUGGACGUGGACAUGGACGUAGACGUGGACGUGGACGUGGACAUGGACGUGGACGUGGACGUGGACGUGGACAUGGACGUGGACGUGGACAUGGACGUGGACGUGGACGUGGACAUGGACGUGGACAUGGACGUGGACAUGGACGUGGACGUGGACAUGGACGUGGACGUGGACAUGGACGUGGACGUGGACGUGGACGUGGACGUGGACGUGGACGUGGACAUGGACGUGGACAUGGACGUGGACUUGGACGUGGACGUGGACUUGGACGUGGACGAGACGUGGACACGUGGACGUGGACGUGGACUUAGACACGUGGACGUGGACGUGGACAUGGACGUCGACGUGGACGUGGACGUGGACAUGGACGUGGACGUGGACGUGGACGUGGACAUGGACGUGGACGUGGACGUGGACAUGGACGUGGACAUGGACGUGGACAUGGACGUGGACGUGGACAUGGACGUGGACGUGGACAUGGACGUGGACGUGGACGUGGACGUGGACAUGGACGUGGACGUGGACUUGGACGUGGACGUGGACAUGGACGUGGACGUGGACAUGGACGUGGACGUGGACGUGGACAUGGACGUGGACGUGGACGUGGACGUGGACGUGGACAUGGACGUGGACGUGGACAUGGACGUGGACAUGGACGUGGACGUGGACGUGGACGUGGACGUGGACGUGGACGUGGACGUAGACGUGGACAUGGACGUGGACGUGGACGUGGACGUGGACGUGGACGUGGACGUGGACGUGGACAUGGACGUGGACGUGGACGUGGACGUAGACGUGGACGUGGACGUGGACGUGGACGUGGACGUGGACAUGGACGUCGACGUGGACGUCGACGUGAACAUGGACGUGGACAUGGACGUGGACUUGGACGUGGACGUGGACGUGGACGUAGAAAUGGACGUGGACGUGGACGUGGACAUGGACGUGGACGUGGACGUGGACGUAGAAAUGGACGUGGACGUGGACGUGGACGUGGACGUGGACAUGGACGUGGACAUGGACGUGGACGUGGACGUGGACGUGGACAUGGACGUGGACGUGGACGUGGAUGUGGACGUGGACGUGGACGUAGUUAUGGACGUGGACGUGGACGUGGACGUGGACCUGGACGUGGACAUGGACGUGGACAUGGACGUGGACAUGGACGUGGACAUAGACAUGGACGUGGACAUGGACGUGGACGUGGACAUGGACGUGGACGUGGACGUAGAAAUGGACGUGGACGUGGACAUGGACGUGGACUUGGACGUGGACGUGGACAUGGACGUGGACAUGAACGUAGACAUGGACGUGGACGUGGACAUGGACGUGGACGUGGACGUGGACGUGGACAUGGACGUGGACGUGGACAUGGACGUGGACGUGGACGUGGACAUGGACGUGGACAUGGACGUGGACAUGGACGUGGACGUGGACAUGGACGUGGACGUGGACAUGGACGUGGACGUGGACGUGGACGUGGACGUGGACGUGGACGUGGACGUGGACAUGGACGUGGACAUGGACGUGGACUUGGACAUGGACGUGGACUUGGACGUGGACGAGACGUAG